UUGGCUCACCUUGGCCUCUCUUCCUACGGAGUUUCCUGUUUCAUUUGCUUCCUGCUCAAUCUCCAGUUUGUGCAUGACACGUACCUUUUUUGCUCGCCAGUUAGUUCGUGCACCUUUACUUCUAUUGGACCCAUAUUCUUUACCUUUGGGCAUUUGAGAACCUCUGGUCUUGGUCAGAGUUCUGCGGGCCGUCAUGGCAGUCAAGUGGACCGGUGGACACUCUUCUUCUGUCCUCUGCCUGAAUGCAAGUAAAGAUGGGCUGGUGGCUUCAGGAGCAGAGGGUGGAGAGCUUGUGGCUUGGGGUGAAGAUGGGACUCCAUUAGGACACGUGCAGUUGGAAGGGGCUGAUGAUGUUACCAGCGUCCUGUUUUCCCCCUCCUGCCCCACCAAGCUCUAUGCCUCUCAUGGAGAAAGCAUCAGUGUACUAGAUGUCAGGUCUCUUAAAGGGGCCUUGAACCAUUUUCAUGUGAAUGAUGAAGAAAUCAAUUGUCUUUCACUAAAUGAAACGGAAAGUCUGCUGGCUUCUGCUGAUGACUCUGGAGCAAUCAAAAUCCUGGACUUGGAAAAGAAGAAAGUCACCAGGUCCCUGAAGAGACAUUCUAACAUCUGUUCCUCUGUGGCUUUCCGACCUCAGCGGCCUCAGAGCCUGGUGUCAUGCGGCCUGGAUAUGCAGGUGAUGCUGUGGAGUCUUCAAAAAGCCCGACCCGUCUGGAUUACAAAUUUACAGGAGGAUGAAACAGAGGAAACAGAAGGCCCCCAGUCCCCUGGUCGGCUCCUAAACCCCGCGUUAGCCCACUCUGUCUCGGUGGCAUCGUGUGGCAAUAUUUUCAGCUGUGGUGCAGAGGAUGGUAAGGUGCGCAUCUUCAGGGUGACGGGAGUCAAGUGUGAGCGAGAAUUGGGAUUUAAGGGUCAUGCUUUGGGGGUAUCCCAAGUCUGCUUUCUGCCUGAGUCCCAUCUGCUGCUUACUGGAGGGAACGACGGAAAGAUACGGUUGUGGGAUGCGAGCUGUGAAAUGGAGAAGAAACAGAAGAGCCCUGCAAAGCACACCCACAGGAAGAAAGCAAAAAGAGCAGCUUGCCCCAAGCAGGGUGGGAACUCUAGUGCCGCAGGAGCGGAUGAGGAGAAGCAUGCAAAGAUUCUGCCAAAGCUCGAUAUUGAACAUGGAGAAAAAGUGAACUGGCUCUUGAGUACAAAAAUAAAAGGGCAGCAAAGUAUAUUAGUGGCUGAUCAGACGAGUUGUAUAUCUAUGUAUCCCUUAAGUGAACUGUAGGGCUAAUAAAAAGCACUGUAAGAA